AGCAGAGCUCUUGUUGUUAUAUAGUGAUGUAGCAGAGCUCUUGUUGUUAUAUAGUGAUGUAGCAGAGCUCCUGUUAGUGUAUAGUGAUGUAGCAGAGCUCUUGUUGGUAUAUAGUUAUGUAGCAGAGCUGGAGAGGUAUUACAGGCAGUGUCUACAGGAAUAACCUCAUCCAGUGAUGGCGGGGACCCCCGGAGGAAGCUGCCGGGCUGUAGCUCAGGGGCCCCGGGUGUCAGGUACAGUGAAGGGGAAACAGAGAACAGAACCAGAGGAGGAGGCCGCAUCCCCGGCCUGUAGUGAGGGAGGUACCCGGGGAGACCCGCCCCAGGGCGGCCACAACAAAAGCAGCUGACCGGGACCCCGGACCAGAGACAUGGCGGCUCAGGGCGGAUCAGCCGAGAUCCAGCGGCUCCACAGCAUCGGCCUGAUCGAGAAGGAUGUUAAUGGCGAUACGCUGUGGGCGUGGUCUUAUCCGUCCAUCACGGCUGAGCUGCGUGAGCUGAUGAUUCGCAAGUGUCGCCUGCGGGAUGAGAAGCCGCCGCUCUACAAUCUGCUGUACGGUCAGCACAAGAAGCUGUGGUUUUAUAUGGUCCCCACUGCGGUGGAGGGGGCGUCUGUGCUGGAGAAGGUCACUCACUUCUGCAUCGUUCUCCUCGCCAAGGACUUUAACCCGGAGAAAUACGUGGCCUUGGGCCGUAUUCUGAGCCGGAUCUACCUGAAGAGCGGCAGCCCUGUGGCCAUGAUGGAACGCUACCUGUCUGUCCUGACGAGGGGCGGCUGCCAGAGCGAGGAGAACGGAACUUUCAUGUGCCGAGAUUACGCCCAGCGGGAGGCGUACCUGUCAGCGGCAGUGAAAGAUGUCAUCCUUCGUUUCGGCAUGGAGGCCGUGAUCCUGUACACAGCACUGAUGCUGAAGCGGAGAGUCGCCGUCUACCACCCCCGACCAGAGGCCGUGCAGGAGUUCACCAGGGCUCUCCCCGCACUCGUCUGGCACCGGCAGGACUGGUCCAUCCUCCAUCCUUAUGUUGAUCUGACCCCAGAUGAGACCGAUCCUCUAAAGACUGGCACAGGUAAGGGCACGAGGGUGCAGCACUCGACCCAUCACCCCCAUCAUCCGGACCCCACAAUGACCUCAGUCCACCACCCCCAUCAUCCGGACCCCACAAUGACCUCUGUCCACCACCCCCAUCAUCCGGACCCCACAAUGACCUCUGUCCACCACCCCCAUCAUCCGGACCCCACAAUGACCUCUGUCCACCACCCCCAUCAUCCGGACCCCACAAUGACCUCU